ACGACGGUCUCUUGCACAGCGUGUGAACAGACUGUUCAACACCUCCAUAACAGCAGGGUGCGGCGAGUCUGAGACAUAGGGGGUUAUAAACGCUGUUUGCGGGCAUCUUUAUUAAAGGUCUACCUGAUGGCGUCCUGUGGAGACUCUUGUGUUUCAUUUAUGGGGACCUGUGAUAAUGCCUUCUACUUUCAAGAGAUUUGUAGAGAUUUGGACGAAGAUAGCUUCAAAAUGUCAUCGCAGAAACCCAAAAUAUACUGGGUCCAAAGCAAGGACAACAAAUUCCUGUUGAUUAAGCCUGGAUGUCAGUUUGAAGUGAACAACUUAAACAACGAUCAGCUACAGCAUUCAGACUGCAAAUUUGGAAUCCAGCCUUACCUUGAGAAAGGUCAAGGCAGAGAUGGGAUUCCAGCCAUGCUGUAUGCCGUCGUUGGCAACAAGAAAGUGGUGGUAUGCUGCAAUCAGGAUUUUCACAUUCAUCCUGAAGUAAGAGUGGAUCUUCCACGUGAUAUUCAUGAUGAUGCCUGCAGCGCAUUGUUCUACAUGAAAAAAAUCCAAGGAUCUGGCAAGUACCAGUUUGAGUCCGCCAUGUGCCAUAAUAAAUACCUGGGAUUUGAGCCUGACAGAAACAACUCCACUCUGCAGAAACUGGUCCUGAAGAAUGUAUCAGAAGGGGAAGUGGAUGUUAAUUGUAUCUUGAAUUUGUCUCAAAAAUGAACUCAACACCAGGAAAAAAAAUCCACCCUGCUCGUCUCAUUAAGGAGAAAGGGCUCUGUGGACCGUUUGGCUAAGUUAGGAGCACUGCAUCACAUGACUGUAUCCCAUCAGUGAAAUGCAAUAAACUCAAUAAAAAUAACUCAGUGGUGUACCUUGA